AGAGAAGGUAACACGCCGAAACAAAAGCUAUACCAAACACAGGAUAACGCGUCAUUCUUCCCUCGAUUACGCAGCAGGAUUUACAUGAAACUGUUAAUUGUUUGCUCUUCAAAUAGAGCCAGCCUGGAGCCAACAGUCUACCAGAAGUUAAGGACCGGCUCCGCAGUGCCAUCCCCUGCCCCCCUUCUCCACUGCUGUACUCCUGCGCUCAAGCCCCGCUGAUCAACAUGACAAAGCACUGGCCGGAGCACAGCCUCUUGGCACCACCCGCUCUGUCCCACCUGGGAGAUCCCCACGACCAUCAACUUGACUUCCAAAGAAACGCGCACCAUAUGGUGCAUCCUUCCAGCGGAGUAACACGGACCUCUCCUGCUCAGCAUUGGUCUUCAUCCCACCCGGCUUACGCGGGUCAAACGCGGCUGCAGGAGGGUCCCCUAUCUCGCUCCAAGCACCUUACCUCAACUUUCAUGGACACCGCGGUACCUCUGGACUCAACGUACCCCAGCCCGGAGGAUAUGGACUUUAAACAGGAUGCAAUCAAACGGGACACGUGGUGCAAUGAACAAGAAAAGACCACUAAAGGCGCAGGCAAGAAGAAGAACUAUCAAAGAUAUCCCAAGCCUCCGUACUCUUAUUUGGCCAUGAUUGCAAUGGUCAUACAAAGGUCUCCUGAGAAGAAACUAACGCUGUCCGAGAUCUUAAAGGAGAUCAGCGCUCUUUUUCCCUUCUUUAAAGGAAAUUACAAAGGCUGGAGGGACUCCGUCCGACACAACCUGUCUUCAUAUGACUGCUUUGUCAAGGUCCUUAAGGACCCUGGUAAGCCUCAGGGCAAAGGAAACUUCUGGGCUGUGGAGUUGAGCCGGAUUCCUCUGGAGCUGCUGAAGAGGCAGAACACAGCUGUCUCUCGACAGGAUGAGACCAUCUUUGCUCAGGACCUGGCUCCAUAUAUUCUCCAGGGGCAGAAGAUUGAAUCAGAGGUACCACCCGCAGAGCCUGUCACUUCUCUUCCCUCCCUCCCCUCCAUGCGCCCCAGAAACCUGUCUCCUCCUCAGGACGACUUGUUUCGACCCAAACUGGACUCGUCUUUUGCCAUAGAUUCCCUUCUGCACAGCUUCAGGCCCUCCAGUGGAACAGGAGAGGUGCAGGUGACCAAAGACUGUUGGAGUGAUAUGGAGAGACCAAGGGGCUCCCCUCCUCACCCCCGUUAUGCCUCCUCCGCCCGCAGCGCAUCAGCCAGCUCUGCCAGCCCUGCCUCCACAUCAUCUUCCUCUGAUGAUGAGUGGAGAGGAGUGUCUCUCUCUGGGAAACGUGCUCCAGAUGAGGCUGAAUCAGAUGGUUAUGAGGACUACAAACAAGUGCACAAAUCAGCCCGAAGAGACAGUGUGGCGCCUCCAUGGGAGCUGCCCACGUCCUAUGCCAAAUAUGCCCCCCCAAAUGCUGUUGCCCCACCCAGUAUGCGAUUUAAUGGAAGUCCACUAAUGCCUCUUCAUGGCGGGCUUCCUCUUUAUGGUUAUGGUAGCUCACCUGUUGCACCAGGACACUUUCUGGGCCACACAUACUGGCCUAUACUGCCCAACGGACGGGUUCAAGCACCUCCUCUUAUUAUGGACCUGGACAAUAUGCUACAAUCAGUGCCUCCAAAUAAAAGUGUGUUUGACGUCCUUGUGCCAACCAAUCAGAACUCGCAUCAUCAACCACCCAGCCAUUACACACUGCAAAAUGGACCAUCACUUAACAGAUAUCCACAAUAUUAACUGCUUCUUGAAAAUAUGUUAUAUGGACUGACCAGUGAAUGUAAUAUAAAGGGAAAGGCUGCAGAAAUAGUACUCUUAACAUUUUAAAUACAUGCGUUCAGUAUUAUCGUAUUACAAAGACACAAACUACCUCAGUCUAAACCUAUAGGUAUGUGUUUCCAUGGGCUUUUUGCACUGCCAGUUAACUUGCACUGUUUUUAAAUGUUGUUUGCCAAAUGUGACUCUUGUAUAACUGGUAUAAUUGAUGUCAGACCACUGUCACAAUGGGCAGUCUUUAUAUUUCUAUAUUUAUUUUACUGUCAAAUGUAGCAAAAAAAAAUCACAACAUACUACCUCACCUUCUAAUGAACUUUUCCUGCUGAUCUAUUUGCACUGUUUUGAUGUCAAUAGGGAUAUCAUGGCUCAACCUCAGCAGGUGAAUGUAAUGUUAUUUUUUGCCCAUUUUAUAUGGUGUUCAAAAAGCUUUGUCUGCUAGCUCAGAUGUUUUAAAAAUAUUUUACAGGGUAUGUAAUAAAUGCUGUUUA